CAGAUUGAUUUGGUGCAUUUCUUUUCCGAUUCCCUUUCGUUCUCGUUCUCGGAUCCUAGGCGUUAGUGGACUGAUUCACGAUUCAUCUUUUACGCACAGACUGCAAGGAUAUAUAGGGGAUUGAGUCCAACCUGUGAAGUUUGAAGAUCGAUGGCGUCUUAUUCUAGAAUCAAUUCUCUGUCGAGGGAUCAGUUUGUGACUGCUCCUGAAACUGGAUGUCUCUCCAUUGUUGUGAUCGGAGCUUCCGGCGAUCUUGCCAAGAAGAAGACCUUUCCGGCCCUCUUCAAACUUUAUCGCCAGGAAUUUUUGAAUUCUGAUGAGGUCCAUAUAUUUGGCUACGCAAGGACCAAACUUUCGGAUCAUGAGUUAAGAAAUCGCAUCCAUGGAUAUCUUGCCCAGGGUAAGGAUGCCUCUGAUGAACACUCAGAAAAACUAUCAAAGUUUCUGCAAUUGAUAAAAUAUGUAAGUGGCUCCUAUGAUUCUGAGGAGGGCUUUAGCGCACUGGAUAAGGAAAUAUCUCAGCAUGAAACCUCAAAAAACAAUUUGGAGGAAUCACUGCGUAGACUCUUCUACCUUGCACUCCCUCCUUCAGUCUAUCCAUCUGUUUGCAAAAUGAUCAAGAACUGUUGCAUGAAUAAAGCUGAUCGCGGUGGAUGGACUAGGAUUAUUGUUGAGAAGCCUUUUGGAAAGGAUUUGAGUUCAUCUGAGGAAUUGAGCACCCAGAUUGGAGAGUUGUUUGACGAACAACAGAUUUAUCGUAUUGAUCAUUAUUUGGGGAAAGAAUUGGUGCAAAACUUGUUGGUACUUCGUUUUGCUAAUCGUUUUUUCCUGCCACUCUGGAAUCGUGAUCAUAUUGACAAUAUACAGAUUGUGUUUAGGGAGGACUUUGGAACUGAGGGGCGCGGUGGAUAUUUUGAUGAAUAUGGAAUUAUUCGUGAUAUUGUCCAAAAUCAUCUAUUGCAGACUCUUUGCCUGGUUGCGAUGGAAAAGCCCGUUUCUUUAAAUCCAGAGCAUAUCCGAGAUGAGAAAGUGAAGGUUCUUCAAUCAAUUGUUCCAAUUAAUGAUGAAGAAGUUGUUCUUGGACAAUAUGAUGGCUACAGAGAUGACCCAACAGUUCCUAAUGACUCAAACACUCCUACUUUUGCAACUGUGAUUCUGCGAAUUCAUAAUGAAAGGUGGGAAGGCGUUCCCUUUAUAUUGAAGGCAGGGAAAGCAUUAAACACAAGGAAGGCAGAUAUUCGUGUUCAAUUUAAAGAGGUUCCUGGUGAUAUAUUCAGAAGUCAAAAGCAAGGAAGAAAUGAAUUUGUAGUACGCCUGCAACCUGCAGAGGCCAUUUACAUGAAGCUUACAGUCAAGCAUCCGGGAUUGGAACUGUCAACCGACCAAAGUGAAAUGGACUUGUCAUAUAGGGAUCGUUACCAAGGAGUUACCAUCCCAGAGGCUUAUGAGCGCCUAAUUCUCGACACAAUAAGGGGAGAUCAGCAGCAUUUUGUCCGAAGAGACGAGUUAAAGGCUGCUUGGGAGAUUUUUACACCUUUGCUCCACAGAAUUGAUAACAGAGAACUCAAGACAACUCCCUACAAGCCGGGAAGCAGAGGUCCAGCAGAAUCAGAUAAGUUGGUCGAAAGGGCUGGUUAUGUUCGAACGCAUGGCUACAUCUGGAUCCCUCCCACCUUGGGUCGUAGCUCGCCUGCAUGAGCAUUCUUUAACCGAUCCAUCCAUCCAUGCCUGGAGUUUAGAUUCUAGAGAGUUGAUGUCUAACCAUGCAUUUGCUCCAUCAUAAGGUCUUGUCAUUGUUGGGAGCCUGCCUUAGUAGUAGUAUACUAUAUAGCCAGAUAUUCACAUUAGUGUUCAUGAGAUUAUCAUGAAUCUUGUGGGAUGGUUACUCAACAUAAUAAGAUGAUUUUGAAGCCUCUGUGGGUAAAUCACUGAUAGAUUGAAUUUUGUCGAUGUGAGGGAGAUAAAACCGAUUCCGCCUAGUAAAAUUAAGGCUUGAUAUGUUAUCAUUG